AAAACAAUGAAAAAGAGUGCAGCAGUUGCUUCUUAAUCCUGUCCGAUCACAUUGUAUCAAAUAACACCCUCUUUGUAUAUAGUUUCAUUCCUCUGUUUGAGGGGAUAGAGGGCAGAAAUUUGCAAAAUAGUAAUUCAGCAAGAAGGUACAAAACUCAAACUCAUUAACUGAUAGAAGUGCGUCCUUUUGGCUUCUUUGAAAAUACAAGAUGGGAGAGAGUGCUGCCACCUACAACCACCACCAGCGCGGUCAAAUAUUUGACAUUUCUGUCGAUGUGCCACCACAUUUUAGCUCCAAGGGUAUCGAUGAUGAUGGUCGACCUCAAAGAACCGGGACUGUUUGGACUGCCAGUGCGCACAUAAUAACUGCGGUGAUUGGAUCAGGAGUGCUUUCCUUGGCGUGGGCUAUAGCUCAGUUAGGAUGGAUUGCUGGUCCAACUGUGAUGUUCUUGUUCGCCAUUGUGAUUUAUUACACCUCAACUCUCCUUGCUGAUUGUUAUCGAUCUGGGGAUCCCUUAUUUGGCAAGAGAAACUAUACUUAUAUGGAUGCUGUUCGAUCCAAUCUUGGUGGAUCUAAAGUAAAGUUCUGUGGCCUAGUUCAGUAUAUGAAUAUCUUUGGAGUGGCCAUUGGAUAUACAAUUGCAGCAUCUAUAAGUAUGAUGGCUAUCAAAAGAUCCAAUUGUUUCCAUAAAAGUGGAGGGAAAAAUCCAUGUCACAUGUCUAGCUAUCCAUAUAUGAUUGCUUUUGGGAUAACACAAAUCCUAUUCUCUCAGAUUCCUAAUUUUGAUCAAAUAUGGUGGCUCUCAAUUGUUGCUGCUAUCAUGUCCUUCACCUAUUCUUCCAUCGGAUUAGGCCUUGGAGUUGCCAAAGUUGCAGCUAAUGGAACCAUAGGAGGUAGUUUCACUGGAAUAAGCAUUGGAACUGUGACUCAAACACAAAAGAUAUGGAGGAGUUUCCAAGCUCUUGGGGACAUUGCUUUCGCAUACUCAUUUUCAAUCAUUCUCAUCGAAAUUCAGGAUACAGUUAAGUCCCCACCAUCAGAAGCAAAAACAAUGAAGAAAGCCACACUAAUAAGCAUUGCUGUAACAACACUCUUCUACAUGCUGUGUGGCUGCAUGGGCUAUGCAGCAUUCGGAGAUCUUUCCCCUGGUAACCUCCUUACGGGAUUCGGAUUCUACAACCCGUACUGGCUUCUUGACAUAGCAAACGCGGCCAUUGUAAUCCAUUUAGUCGGAGCCUACCAAGUUUACUGCCAGCCACUUUUCGCCUUCAUCGAAAAGUAUGCAUCAGAAAAAUGGCCAGAAAACAAACUCAUAACCAAAGAUGUCAAAAUCCCAGUUCCAUUUUGCCAGCCAUAUGAUCUUAACCUCUUUCGAUUAGCCUGGAGAAGUGGAUUCGUAAUUCUAACCACUGUUAUAUCAAUGCUUUUGCCUUUCUUCAAUGAUGUUGUGGGAAUUCUUGGAGCAUUUGGAUUCUGGCCAUUGACUGUGUAUUUUCCAAUAGAAAUGUAUAUUGCACAGAAGAAGAUAGAAAAAUGGAGUACAAGAUGGAUUUGCCUGCAAAUGCUGAGUAUUGCUUGUUUAAUAAUUUCAGUUGCAGCAGCUGCUGGUUCCAUUGCUGGUGUGGUGCUUGAUCUUAAGGUUUACAGGCCAUUCAAGACUAGCUACUGAGAUGUUGAGCUAUUAUACAUGUUCAAAUGUGAAAGUGUGUUGUUAAUAAUUAAUAUAUAUAUUUGUUUUGGAUUUCCUU